AUGGCGGCCUCUGAGCGGCGCGCGGCCGAGGCGCGGGCGCUGGUGCGCGCCCUGGACGGCUGGACGCUGCUGGCCGCGACGGCGGCGCCCGCGGAGACGCGCGGCGGGAGGCUCGUGCUCGGCCGAGGGGCGCUGCGCCGCCUGACCGAGCGGAUCCGGGGGUGCCGCGAGGCCACCGCCGUCUUCCUGGACGUGGAGCGGCUGGACAAGCCCACGCAGAGGGAGCUGGAGGCCGCUUGGGCGGUGCCCGUGCUCGACCGCUUCGCCCUGGUCCUGCACAUCUUCCGCCGCCGCGCGCGCUCGCGGGAGGCGCGGCUGCAGGUGGCGCUGGCGGAGCUGCCGCUGCUCAGGUCCCGGCUGGACAGCGACGCCGCGCGCGCCCCGGGCCGAGGAUCCGGCUCGCGCUACAUCUUGGGCUCCGGGGAGUCCUUCACGCAGAUGCAGCGGCGGCUCUUCCGGGAGAGGGAGAUGAAGAUCGAGAAGGCCCUGGAGAGGCUGAGGGCCAAGCGGCGCCUCCUGGGUGGGCAGCGCGCCCGGCGCGAGCUCCCGGUGGUGUCCGUCGUGGGCUACACCAACUGCGGGAAGACCACGCUGGUCAAGGCGCUGACGGGCGACGCGGACAUGCAGCCCCGCGACCAGCUGUUCGCGACCCUGGACGUCACGGCGCACGCGGGGGCGCUGCCCUGCGGCCUGACCGUCGUGUACGUGGACACCGUGGGGUUCCUGUCCCAGCUGCCCCACAGCCUCAUCGCGGCCUUCUCGGCCACCCUGGAGGACGUGGCCCAGUCGGACCUGAUCGUGCACGUGCGGGACGUGAGCCACCCCGAGAGUGAGCUGCAGAAGGCCACUGUCCUGUCCACCCUGCGGGACCUGCGCCUGCCCGCGCCGCUGCUGGCCUCCCUGCUGGAGGUGCACAACAAGGCCGACCGGGUGCCCGGGUACACCCCGCGGGAGCCCCACGCCGUGGCCGUGUCCGCCCUCCAGGGACACGGGCUCCCGGAGCUGAAGGCCCGGCUGGAGGACGCCGUCCUGAAGGCCACCGGCCGGCGGGCGCUCACCUUGCGCGUGCAGCUGGAGGGGCAGCAGCUCAGCUGGCUGCACGAGGAGGCCGCGGUGCAGGAGGUCCGGGUGCUCCCCGAGGCGGGCGCGGCCGAGGUCACCGUGGUCAUCAGCGGCUCCGCCUACGGCAGGUUCCGGAAGCUCUUUCCGGAGUGAGGGGCCUCGCCCGCAGCAGUGUCCCCCGGCGUCGGAGGCCGCCCGGCCGCCCCGUCCACGCGCGCCAG